GGAAGCAAAGACUCAAGUGGUUGGAGAUUCUGUCAGCAUGCUGUCUGUGGCACUGCUCUACAUUUUGGCCAUGGUUUUCCCUGCAGCUAAUGCUUUACCGUUAUACUCAGAUACAGCACUGACACCACACGAAGACCUCCUUCAGAAACUGGUGACAGAAAUAGAGGAUGGACAGAGCGAUGACCUGAGUGCACAAAGAGAUGUCAAGACCAUCCUUCCCAUCUUGCUUCACCAGGAAAGAGAUAGAGACUCUUGGCCUAAAGGAGCGAAAGAAAAUCUCCAACAGGAUAAAAUGAACCACAUGGUGGAUGACUUGAAGGAAGUAGUCAUGAAAUUAGCAGCAGCAGAUAACCUGCGCUCUCAAGGCUUUCUUCGAUCCGAGCAGAACUUACCCAAACCCAACAAGAGAGCCUGUUUUUGGAAGUACUGUGUAACAAACUAGGAGUCCUGUGGGAAUUACAGAGGAACAGACACCAAAACGGUCACGUUUGUCUUCUCCUUUAAACAUCAAUCCAGCAGCCCUUUAACAAUGCGUAUAUUAAUUUAACUACAGCACAUGGAUAUAUUUUUAAACAUGAAGAAAGCUAAUCUCUGUAAAACAGCUGUGU